CGGAGCACACACAUCUCUCAUCAAUGGCUGGACUGGCCCGCUCCGUGCGCCUCUUCGCGCGGAGCAGCUCGUCGAACGCUGCGCUGGCGGCGCCGCCGCACCUCGCCAAGGCGGCCUCCGUCCGGCGGCGCCUCGAGGAGCAGGUGCUCGCGUCGCAGCUUGGCGGCGGCGAGCAGCGGAUCGCGUCGCAGCACAACCGCGGCAAGCUGACGGCGCGCGAGCGACUGGAGCUGUUCCUCGACCCGGGCAGCUUCCGCGAGUACGACGCGCUCAAGGCGCACCGCUGCAUCGACUUUGGCAUGCAGGAGCAGGUGCCGCCGGGCGACGGCGUCGUGACGGGCCACGGCCUCGUCGACGGCCGGCGGGUGUUUGUAUUUUCGCAGGACUUCACAGUGUUCGGCGGGUCGCUGUCGGAGUCGCACGCGGAGAAGAUCUGCAAGGUCAUGGACCAGGCGAUGCUCGUCGGCGCGCCCGUCAUCGGGCUCAACGACUCUGGCGGCGCGCGGAUCCAAGAAGGGAUCGCGUCGCUCGCCGGGUACGCCGAGGUCUUCCAGCGGAACGUGGAGGCGUCGGGGGUGGUGCCGCAGCUCUCGGUAAUCAUGGGGCCGUGCGCGGGCGGCGCCGUCUACUCGCCCGCCAUGACCGACUUCACGAUGAUGGUUGACCACACGUCGUACAUGUUUGUGACGGGCCCCGAGGUUGUCAAGACAGUCACCAACGAGGUCAUCACGGCGGAGGAGCUGGGCGGCUCGCGCACGCACACGCGCACGUCGGGCGUGGCGCACCUCUCCGCCGCCAACGACCUCGAGGCCAUGUCCGCUCUCCGCCGUCUGGUCGGCUUCCUCCCCUCCUCCAACCGCGAGCCUCCGCCGGUUCGCGAGACGGAGGACUCGCGCGCGCGCAAAGACUCGGCGCUCGACCGGAUUGUCCCCGAGGAUCCCAACGUGCCGUACGACAUGGGCGCGCUGGUGCGGCGCGUGCUCGAUGACCGCGAGCUGCUCGAGGUCUCGCCCAGCUACGCGAAGAACAUCAUCACCGGCUUUGGGCGGAUGGAGGGGGCGACGGUCGGCAUCGUCGCGAACCAGCCGCAGGAGCUGGCGGGCUGCCUCGACAUCGACGCCUCGGCCAAGGCUGCCCGCUUCGUCCGCUUCUGCGACUGCUUCAACAUCCCGCUCCUCACAUUCGUCGACGUGCCCGGCUUCCUGCCCGGCCGCGCUCAGGAGCACGGCGGCAUCAUCCGGCACGGCGCGAAGCUCCUCUUCGCGUACGCCGAGGCGACGGUGCCCAAGGUGACGGUCAUCACGCGCAAGGCGUACGGCGGCGCGUACGACGUCAUGUCCUCAAAGCACCUGCGCGCCGACGUCAACUACGCGUGGCCGUCGGCCGAGGUUGCCGUGAUGGGCGCCAAGGGCGCGGUCGAGAUCAUCUUUCGCGGCAAGAACGUCGAGGAGGAGACCCUGCGGUACGAGGCCAAGUUUGCGAACCCGCUCGUCGCCGCGCAGCGCGGCUUCGUCGACGCGGUCAUCUCGCCGAGCGAGACGCGCACCCGCAUCUGCGAGGACCUCGAGCUGCUCCGCGACAAGCAGGUGCAGCGGCCGUGGAAGAAGCACUCCAACAUCCCGCUCUGAGGCGACCGCCCGGAGCGCCGAGCCGGUGGGGGGGGCAGAGGUGGCGGAGGCGGGCCGCCGUGGGUCGGUCGCAGCGUCGUGGCGUGCCAGGCGAGAGGGCCCCGCCGCGCGCUGGCUCGCUCUGAGGCGAGCUGGACGCCAGCCAGCGUGCGUGCGCGCACGCGAGAGGCCGAGACGGCGAACCCUCCGCCGACGCCAUAGGUGUGACGAGAUAGACGUGCGUUUCCACGCUACCGCGGCGCGCGCAGUGGCGUGUCCCCUUGUCGCUUGUGUUUUCAUGUGUGGUGCGCGCGUUGUGAGCGCGUCUAUUUCGUCAACGAUCAG